AUGGCAGCAUUGACUGGAAUCCUGCUUGACGUUUCCGGUUCCAUGAGUCGUAGCAUUGGAGAGGGUACUGAUGAAGAAGGAGGACCAUGGGCUCGCUCCAUUUUUGAGGUUAUAGGCAACUUUGUAAAACACGACGUUCCUACAGAUAACCAUGUAUUUGCCAUAGGCUUUGGGGCUAAUUGUGGUGACGAAGUGUUUGAUAUCAUAGGAACUCUAAAAAAUAUUGAAAAACAAAGGGAAAGAAUUGAUCAACCAAAAAUCACUGAAAUUAUUGAUCAACCUGUCACACACAAAGAAACAGUAGGUGUUACUGUAGGUUCCAUUUUCAAAGUUCAAGAAGCCUCAGAUGUUCUUCAUGGAUGCUUCGAUGAAAAGGACCUCUCCAAAGAAAGGAGUCGGGAAUUACUGAAGAGCGUAGAGCCCUACAUUUACGGGGAAAAGCCUUUAUAUCAGUCGAUUGAGAAGGCGGCAGAACUGUUUCAAACAAAAGCAUCCAUGUUUUCCAGUCACAAAAAGCAGCUGUUCAUCUUGUCAGACGGAGAGCCUACAGAUGGACAAACUACUGAUCAUGCAAGAAUAGCUCGCAUGGUCUCAAAAUUGACCACAGCUGGUGUGACCGUAGUGAGCUGUUCUAUCACUGACUGCGCAAGUAUUAACCCUAGACGACUAUUCAGCAGGGUGGAACCUGCCUGGGAUCGGGGCGCAAAGUUCCUGUUCUCAAUGAGCUCGAAAUUGCCAAUGAAAUCGCUACCACGAACAAUUUUUGUUGAACGUGAUUGGACCAUCGAUGACACCAGCAAUGAAACCCACUUGUUCUUGCAGGUUAAUCAUCCAAAACAAUUGCAAAGCGCUUGCAAGUUGGCUCAGGAUGUGUAUUUUUGUAAAGAUACGUUAUCGGAUGUGCUUGCAUCUGUAGAACUAGAUAUAUUCCAAAUCAAGCAAGACGAAGAGGCCUAUAAAGCAGAAGUGCAGCAAACAGGGGAGGCCUGCCAUGCGAAUGCAUGUGCUACAGUACUUUAUUUGUCCAUGAAACGAAUUCUUGGUCGCACAGGGGGUCAUCCAUGUUUUCAGGAAUUAAGAAAUAAAUGUAUGAGCCGCUUUAGUAACAGUGCCAGUCCCCUCCAAGAUUUAGAUGUAAUGUGCCUGGAUUACCGUUUGCGUUGCAGAGAAGUUGACCUCAAGGAUGCCUUAGAAGCAGUUUCUUCAAGCCGACCUGUGGUGGCAAGUUGUUGGCUAACAGAGCAUGAACGGGAUAGCUUGAGAAAGUUCUUUGGCGAUGACCGUAACCGAAAAGGCAUUUUGACGAAGAAGGAGAUCGAUCUAACAGCCCGUCCUCCCCAUAGUCUCACCAGAGGCCAUUCAUUUGUGUUAACAAGUUUCGACAGCGAAAGUCUGCGAUUGUUAAAUUCUUGGGGAGAAGACUGGGGGGACAAGGGAUUUUUUCGAGUGCAGAACGCAGAUGUUCUUGGUUUAAAAUUCAUCGACGUUUACUGGACAGAUAAAGAUUUGACAGAGGAAGAGCAAAACUAUUUCGUGAAACAUGAAUCCGCCGAUACCAGAAAGUUAAUGACGAGGUUGGCAAGUCUUAAGCAAGCUGAAUACACCUGCCCCUUGGCCGAAUGCAGCAAGAGAUCUCCAGUGAUGGAGUUUACCGGAUUUCUGUCACGUGCAAAGUGUCCCAAAUGUGGCAAGGAGGUUUCUACACAGAAUGCCCAGGAAGGGAACAUUUUGGCUCUUCGUAUUUAUCUUACUUCUUUAAUAAGAUGA